AUGCAGCACCGCGCGAAGCUCUCGGUCGCGCCCGUCAAUCUCAAACGCCACGCGUCACGAAGCGCCGAUGACGACGACGCACGAAGCAGUCAGAGCUCUUCUUGCGGCUCCGAGAAAGAGACGCGUGGACGGCCGCUGGAACCGCUCGUGGAGGCGAGGAAAGACGGCAGUGUCCGCGUUGCUGUGCGGAUUCGUCCGCCGCUGCCUUGGGAGCUCGCACGUAAUGCUGUGACGUGUGUCAAGACGCUAAGAGACAGUGCAAAUACCGUGCAAGUCACGGCCGGCGCGCAUCCCGCGAAGCAGUUCACGUUUGAUCAUGUCUUUUCGCAAGCCGUUCAGCAGACUGAAGUGUACGACGAAGUACUGCAUCCUUGGAUGGAAUCGUUUCUACAGGGGUUCAAUGUGACAGUGAUCGCGUAUGGACAGACAGGGUCCGGCAAAACAUACACUAUGGGCAAUAACAUGCCAUCAGCGUGUAUGGUGGCCAACAGUAUGUUUGCGAGUCCUCCUAGUUGUGAUGAUAGCACUGACGAGGAGUUUUUUGAUGCACUGGAUAACAACGAAGGGUUAAUUCCUCGAUUUCUGCAUCAUUUAUUUACAAAGCUGGACGAGAAGAAGCGCAAUGUGGAGCUGUCAGUGUCGUUUUUGGAGAUUUACGGACAGGACAUUUAUGAUUUACUGGACAGUCCAGCGACGCAGAGGUUGGGUCGACGGCCAGAGUCGCUGCAGCUGCGAGAGAACGCGAAAAAUGGUGUGUGGGUACAGGGAUUGAAGGAGGUGCGCGUGUCGAGUCGACAAGAAGCCCUUGACCAUAUGCAACGAGGAGCGUUACAGCGUAUUACCGCCAGCACACAGAUGAAUGAACAGUCUAGUCGGUCACACGCUGUGUACACGGUGAAGAUUGUCCAGCGAGUGUCGGGCCAGAAUUUCAAUCUGAAGAAAUCGAAUAAGCUUGCAGUCGGAUCGAGCAGCAGCAAUGAUGUGGCAACGGACGCAAUCGAGUCCGAUGCGGUUAUCGUGUCAAAACUUACAUUCGUGGACUUAGCAGGAAGCGAGCGACUAAAAAAGACGCUUGCGGAGGGUGAUCGUAUGAAAGAGGGCAUUCAAAUCAAUGCCGGACUAUUUGCUCUCGGCAAUGUCAUAAACGCACUUGGAGAUGACAAGCGCCGGGGACACUCCAAGCUUCACGUUCCGUACAGGUCUUCAAAGCUUACGAGGUUACUUCAGGCCGCCCUUGGUGGGAACAGUCGGACUCUAUUCAUUGCAUGUGUGUCUUCUGUAGACUUGCAUGCAAACGAGACUUUGAAUACACUCGUGUACGCAAACCGCGCUAAGAAUAUUCAAAACAAGGCUGUGAAGAAUAUCAAUAGCCGCUCUGCUGAGUUGGCAAACUCAAAAGCUUAUAAUCAGCUCUUGUGCCGCGAGCUCGUGAAGGCUGUUCUCGCGGAAUAUAAAAGAGGGGCUCAUGGUGACAUAGAUAGUUUAGCAGAUGUCUGUAUGUCAAACCCAGAGGUUUUGUCAUACUUUGGUAGCAUCGAACAGCUAUCAGCAUCAGCAGAUUUGAUGUUGUCAAGUAAUGAGCGCACACUCGAAGUACGGCGCCUGCUCAGUAGCCUCACGUCUCAUCUAUGUGGGUUAGCGUCCAAAAAAGGAUACCGACGAGCUGCUUCUUUGACAAGCGGAAUUGAAAACGAACCCAAGAGAAUCCCGCGUCGAGGUGAACCUCCUGACUCUGGAGGCGAUAUUGGCUCUUCUAUGGUAAUACUAGAAGAAGGAAACCCUGACGCAGACGAGGCUUUUGCAACUACUUGUUCGCUGGGGAAGUUGUGCCGCACAUUGGGAAUUAUGAGCUUUGCGUUCGAAAUGCUCGAGAUUCAACGAGGAGAAAAGGAGCUACGACAAUCGGUGGAUGCUAAGCGUACAAAGUUGGAGACGCAGUAUCGUCGCCAGGAGUUUUUGCGAGAUGGGUUGUCUGGUAUGAUAGACAGAAUGCAAACAUGGCUUUCUUCGUCAACAAUGACCCAAGAUACAAGACGAAGCAUCAGGAGUAGCGUAGAAGCCGCGCAAGGAAAAUUGGCUUCGAUGGCUAUUGGAAUGGAGGACCUAAAAGACCAAAUAACUAGGCUUAGUUGUGAUCAACAGUUGGCGCUGGAGUGCUGCCAAAAAGAGUGGAUAGCUAAACACGACCAACUCAAUGAAAUGAGAGAGGCUCAAGACAAAACCACAACCAAUACGCUGGACGCGUUGAUCUGGAAGACCGAAAUCGAGUUGCGCUUCGAUAGCUAUGGUCUAGAUAGCAUAUCAGAACUUCUUAUGGACGAAGAAAAGGAAUUAGCAGCUUGUAUAGCUGGAGGUGAUGGAACAAUUUCCUUCACAUCGCCUCUAUUCACAAAGGAAGAGUUGGCCUUGUCGCAGCAUUGUGAGAUAUACUCGAUGAUUCACGACCAACUCCGGAAUGCAUUUGAUAACGAAAUUCUCGAGGCCGCCAUGAACAAGGAACUUCGUAAGCGAACGCAGUUAAUCCACAAAAUUGCAAACGGGGCGACAGCUUGCUUUCGUGACGGAAUGACUAAGAACAUGUUCAUGGAAGAAAACGAACGAAUUUUGAAAGACUGCGAGAACAGCAUUUCCGAAAUUCGCGAAGCCAUGUUAGCUAGGCGGUGCCAGCGAGCAACAAUGGCUGAAACACUUGAUUCUAUAGGGUCCUUAGAUACGGCAAAGGUCCUGAUUCGUAGGCUCAUUGUUCAGGUAUAUUCCCACUGGCGAAAUGACAUGACGUUUGACGAAAAGGAGGAGGCCAAAAAGCAAAAAAAGAUUGAACAAACCAUAACGCAAAAUCUGGCUGCGAUGAAGACUGACAUGGACGCGAAGCUGGACACUAUCGAAGCGAGAUAUGAGCAGGACUUGAAAAGUGCUUUUCAGAUGGUGACGAGUUUUAAUGACGUCGUAAGAUCGAGCGGUCACUCGCUGGUGCACGAUCCAUCAGGGCAAGCUGAAGCAGCAGACAAGAUAUUUCGAUUGGGAGAUCGCGAAAAGAUGCUAAUAGCUGAGUUGGCGGACAGCAAAAAGGAAAUGGUAGCAAUGCGUUUGGAAUUGGAUCAGCUCCGAACUUCAGCGAGGAGUGCUGAAAGGAAGGAAGAAGCCUUUCGUGUGAUGAGUAGAUGCCAGGAUAUCUGGCAAGAGCUAGGUGUUAAUGACGAAGAUCAAGCAAGCAAGUUUCAAGAUAUUAACGGGCUACUGCUGAAAAAGUGCUCGGAAGAGCUAGAAAGUCUUGAAGCUGCGAGAGAAAUGAUUCAAGCUCGAAUUAAUGACACCUGUCGUGUUGUUAGUCGAAUGGAGUCAUUCUUGCGAAUAGAUACCCCACUACGUAUUCAAUCCCUUCCCGUGGUGGCUGGUGGGUCUCUUUUGGAGCAAGAAAAGUAUGUCCUGUUGCUACAGAAGCGCCUCUCAAAUGAGUUGUGGCACAAUUUAAAUGCGCGUGUCCAGCUGUCUGCUGAUAUCCGGAAACUAUCAGGCGACCUCCGGAUUGAAUCGUGUAAAGAUUUUCGCCAUGUAGCUGACGAUGCCCUCGGUCACUUUGACACAGACUUUUCACAGUCAAUAGCAUUGAAGUUCGAUGCCUGGAAAUCGAUCGCACAGAAUGCGGGUGCUGCUGACGUUCUCGACCAGUUUGUGGACAGCCUAGACGAAGGGACAGAUCUCUCGCGCACGUCAAUUCAGCGGGGUGAGGAUAUAUUUAACAUCAUGCUAUUCGAAAAGAUGAAGCGGAUUGCAGAGGUAAAAGAGUGUGCGACGGCUAUUCGGGCAAUAGCGCGCAAAUCUCAACUGUCCCAAGAUGAUGUCGGGUCAGUAAUACGCAGAAUGCUUGACGAAGAAGAUUCUUUUGACGGCGUAAUUGACACCAAGUCAACUAUUUUGGAGGAUCUAUGUGCUCAUAUAUAUCAGACGGGUGGUCGACUUGACUUCAGGAAGCACAGACUUGAGGUGCUUGCCAAGGUACUUUGUAGCCUCGAGGAGGUUCAAGCAGGGCGAUCGGACGUGUUGGAUUUUCUUCACCGGAUCGUAGAAGAAGCUGCAAUGCUGACCCACGACGUUGCUUUAAGUGGUCACGAAGAUGACAUCUUUUGCCACUUCACUUCUCCGUUGCCUCCAAUCCCUCGAGGCGAUCAAAGCUUCGUGGACACACUUGCUGCUGGCAAAGAGAUACUGUGCUGUCUGAGCGAGCCCGUGGAGGGCGCAUUACGCAGUCUCUUGUACUCUAUGGAUAACGAUUUUGCAGCUUUCGGUAUCAACACAAAGGCGCAGCGUCUGAGCUUUUUCUUGGGGUGCAGGAUAGACGACAACAGCUCUCAGCUUGCCACUCUGGACAAGUACGUCAUCCACUCAUCCGAUGCAGCAAAGACGCUAAGUAGUGAUGGCAAUUCGGAUAUUGGAUUCCUGGGAAGAGCGCCAGAGUGCAACGAUUCUUUUCUAUCAAGACUUGAUCCCGCGUUUGAGGAGUUCCACUUGACAUACUCAGUAUCUUUCGGUGAUUCACAGCUGCAGCGACUUCGCACCUCGAUCGCAGACAUUCGGGAAGUGAAGAACGCGAUGGUUAGCGCACAAAUCCGACUAAAGUCACUGCGCAAAAUCAUGGUGAUCUAUAACAAAAUAAACGAGUUCAAGAGCAAAAUCGCUGAAUUCGAAGCAAGUGCUAGUCAAAAGGACCGCUUGUUUGGAAAUUCACUCGUACUACUCGAAGAAGAACGGUUUCGCAAGAUGGCAGCCAAACACUACCCGAAUUUGCUCGCAGCACUUCAGAAAGAAGUAUCGCGCUGGCUAGAAAAUGAAGGUGGCGAAUAUGAUCUCAGCGUACUUGGUGAAGACCUCAAGAACCUUUUGCUGGAGAUGAUGAACACAAACACUGACCUCAUGCAUCUAGACUUGGGUAUUGUCAGCCGCGCGUCAAAGCAAAUGGUGACUCCUACCUCAAGCAGCGCUUGUCUCCAGACCACGGCCACUGGUAGCAACCAGCGUACUACUUCGAAGAUAGUUACAUCAAGUGGCAACAAUGUGAGGAAUCAAUCGUCCAACGAGCAUGAGGCUUUUCAGCUAUAA